AUGCAACGAACGUUUGCAGUGUUAGCGCGAUCUGCAUGGAAAGGUCCGUAUUUUGUAAAGCUUCCUGAAUUUCGCCAGGCCCAAACUACCGGACAACCCAUAAGAACCACAGCUCGUUCAUGUACAAUAUUACCAAUAUUUGUAGGUCUGAAAUUUUUAGUACAUAAUGGCAAAGAUUAUAUACCAGUUACAAUCACUGAAGAAAUGGUUGGGCAUAAGUUGGGAAUUUCUGAUGUUGUCCAGCAACUUGCAUACGAGUUUAGUCAUCAACAAACUGCCGAAACUCUAAAACGCGAACUACUUGGUUGUGUUGUAUCUUUAUUACUUG